AUGGUGCACCGUGCGACUGUAGGGGAGGUACUAGCGAGACUCCUGCUCCCCCCCCAUGCUCAUGCUCUUAUGCAGAACUGCGGGGGCAUAAUUGCAUAUCUUGAGCAGACAUAUGGGGUUACCGGGGCCCCUUCAGGCUGGAAAUGCUACCGUAACCCUCAGCCAUACCCACUUCCUCCUCAUGAACCUGCUACUUGCCCCUGUUCUACCAUCCAGGAAUCAAUGCAUAGCAUGUGCUAUUCCUCUUACCAACAAUGUAUAGGGGCCAAUAACCAGACUUAUUUCACUGACAUACUACAGAAUAAUAAAAGCCCCACCAUUAAUGAAGGUAAUAGAUACCUUCAGGCUGGAUGCACUGGCACCCCCGGGACCCCGGUAUGCUGGAAUAUCAGGGCCCCCUUACAUAUGUCAGACGGUGGGGGGCCCCAGGACGGAAUACGCCAGAUAGAAACCCAAAGACAAAUAGAAGAGGUCUAUCGACAUCUGUACCCAAAGCUUAACUACCACCCCCUAAUUCUCCCUAAGGUCAAUCCCUCUGAAUUGGACCCCCGGACCAUGAUUAUACUAAAAGCUACUUUUAUACUUUUGAAUGCUACCAACCCCAACUUAGCACAGGAUUGCUGGCUUUGCCUUCCACAAGGACCGCCCCGCCCUAUAGCCAUCCCCACCUUCGCCAAUUUAAAUAUCAACGAACAAUGUACCCCUACUUUACUCCCCGAGCCAUUCCCCAUACAAUUUUCAGAAUUUUCAACCACCUUUAAUACCUCGUGCUUUGUCAAGAACGAUUCCCUCUCUAACGCCAGUAUUGACUUGGGAAUCCUUUCAUCCACUAGAUGUAGUCAGUAUAUCCCCGUGAACUCCUCCCUCUGUAGUCCUAACACCACUGUUUUUGUCUGCGGAAAUAACAUAGCAUACACCUAUUUACCCCCGAACUGGACAGGGGUCUGCACCCUAGCCACCCUCGUCCCCAAUGUAGACCUGAUCUCGGGAGACACCCCAUUGCCCAUUCCCAGCUUUGACCUUUGGGCAGGGAGAACCAAACGAGCCAUUACAGUCAUACCCCUCCUGGUAGGAUUAGGAAUUACGGGAGCUGUGGCCACAGGAAGUAUAGGCCUUGGGGUUUCCCUUCAUUCCUAUAAUCAGCUAUCUAGGCAAUUAAUAGAAGAUAUAGGAGCCCUCUCUGGUACCAUUCAGGACUUACAGGACCAAUUAGAUUCAUUGGCCGAGGUAGUCCUACAAAAUAGGAGGGGCUUAGACUUGCUGACAGCUGAACAGGGUGGGAUAUGCCUUGCCCUAAAAGAAAGAUGUUGUUUCUAUGCAAAUAAAUCAGGCAUUGUAAGAACCAAGAUCCACCAGCUCCAGGAAGACCUAGCUCGCCGCCGGCAAGAAUUAGCGGAUAACCCCCUUUGGUCAGGAUUUCAUGGGAUGCUCCCCUACCUCCUCCCCAUCCUGGGCCCUCUACUAUGCCUCCUUCUCCUCUUCACUAUAGGCCCCUGCAUACUCAGUAAAGUCAUGGAUUUUGUUCGCGAAAGAAUAAAUACAGUCCAGCUAAUGAUAUUAAGAACACAAUAUCAGCCCUGCGAGGCCUCAGAAAUUGAAGAAACUGAGCCUUGA